AGAUACUCCGGUGGCCUUCCUCCCGAGCAGACGAAAGGAGAGUGUUUCCAGGCGGUGCCCAGCGCGGGGAGCAGCUGUGGUUUCAGGGCGUUCCCGCGGAGUGGCGGCCGUGAUUUGAGGAGCCGUGAAUGCAGAAUGCUGGGCUCAGCCCCACUCCGAGCCUCCGGGCUCUGGGGGGCCUGGCCGUGGCGGCCCUUAUCUCCACUGUCUGGCUCUGGUGGCGGCUUGGGGCAGCCCCCGGGGGAGCCCCGGUCCCACAGCCCACGACCACCAUCCUCGUCUGGCACUGGCCAUUUGCCAGCCAGCCCCCAGAGCUGCCCGGGGACACCUGCACCAGGUACGGGGUGGCCCGCUGCCGCCUGACCGCCAACCGCAGCCUGCUGGCCGGCGCUGACGCCGUGGUCUUCCACCACCGAGAGCUGCAGACCCAGCAGGCCCGCCUGCCCCUGGCUGAGCGGCCGCGGGGCCAACCCUGGGUGUGGGCCUCCAUGGAGUCGCCCAGCCACACCCGUGGCCUCGGCCGCCUCCGAGGGGUCUUCAACUGGGUGCUGAGCUACCGGCGUGACUCGGAUAUCUUCGUGCCCUACGGCCGCCUGGAGCCCCGUGAGGGGCCCGCGCCUCCGCUGCCGGCCAAGCGCGGGAUGGCCGCCUGGGUGGUCAGCAACUUCCAGAAGCGGCAGCGGCGCGUGCAGCUGUACCGGCAGCUGGCACCGCACCUGCGGGUGGACGUGUUCGGCCGCGCGGCCGGGCAGCCCUUGUGCGCCGACUGCCUUCUGCGCGCCAUGGCCGGCUACCGCUUCUACCUGUCCUUCGAGAACUCCGAGCACCGGGACUACAUCACCGAGAAGUUCUGGCGCAACGCGCUGUUGGCCGGCGCCGUGCCCGUGGUGUUGGGCCCACCGAGGGCCGCCUACGAGGCUGUCGCCCCACCCGAUGCCUUUGUGCACGUGGACGACUUCGGCUCGGCCCGCGAGCUGGCCGCCUUCCUCACCAGCAUGAACGAGAGCUGCUAUCUGCGCUACUUCGCGUGGCGAGACCGGUUCCGCGUGCGGUUGUUCAGCGACUGGCGAGAGCGCUUCUGUGCCAUCUGUGCCCGGUUCCCCCAGCUGCCCCGUGGCCAGGUCUACCAGGACCUUGAGGGCUGGUUCCAAGCCUGAGCUCUGCCCGUGGAGGGAGGAAGGGGCGGGUGGCUGGGGAGCUGGACAUGUGGGUAGAGGGGUGGGUGUUGAAAUCAAACCACGCAUCCGACCCUACGGCUGGGCGGAUGCAGAGGCUGGGGUGGGGGGCUGGGAAGCAGGGCUCAUCUGGGCAGCCUGCCUGGAGGAGGAGGCU